AUGGAUACCAGAAAGGUGAAAUCUAGCUCUAGAGAUGCAGUAAACUGUCUUCCAGAUGAGAUACUUGCUAAGAUCUUGUCCUAUCUUCCCACAAAACGAGCUGUUUCUACAUCUCUUAUCUCCAAAAGGUGGAGGAAUCUGUUUGCGUUGAUGAUUCAACUCUUUGAAUCUCAACAUCAUCUCUAUUUAGACGACUCAGAUUUAGUUUAUCCAGAGGAAGGUAAAGGAGAAAUGAAAGAUGUUCAGGAGAGCUUCGGGGAUUUUGUUGAUAAAACCCUUACCGAUUGCAAUACCAUAAAGAAACUUUCAAUAUUAUGUCCUCUUAAAUGUUGCGCUCAUAAGGACAUCGACCAAUGGCUACACCAUGCCAUGGAACGAGGUGUUGUGGAUCUUGAUAUGCGUUUUAAAAUGGGUUUUACUCCUACGCAAAAUGAGUGGCCUUGUAAUGUUUUCACAAUCAAGACGUUGGUCAAGCUAACAUUUAGAAUAGAGGUUGGUCAAAAUAAAAUGCCAUAUUGUCCAAAAGGGGUUCUUCCAGUGCUAAAGAGUCUUUUUCUCCAUGCAAUUUGGUUUGCAUGCGAAAGAUUGUGCCAUUCGAUGCUUCCUGGUUGUCCAAUACUUGAGGAAUUAUUCUUACAUGACUUACGCGGUUACAGAUAUAAUGACAGUCCAAACUUCUCUAUAUCCCACAAAACCCUCAAGAGACUCACAGUUCACUUCAAUAACAGUUUUGAAUUGGGGCGCCCAAUGCAAUUCGACACACCAAGUCUUCUUUACCUCGAAUACUCUGGCUUCGCUCCUUGUCGCUAUUCAAGGACCAGUUACUUGAAUUCCCUUGUUGAGGUCAAACUAGAUGUUCAUAUAAGACAUGAAUGUAAUACUCACAUGCAUCUAUCUCCGAUCAUUGAUUGGAUAGGCAACGUUAAGACCCUUUCCUUGUCUCCUGCUUCUGUUAAGAUGAUGUAUUCAAGAUGUGUGGAAUUACAUGUCUUUUCAAACCUUGUUAAGCUUUAUUUUGAAAGUAAUGAGAAAGAAGGUUGGGAAGUGCUUCCGCGUCUGCUUAACAAAUCUCCAAAGCUAGAAACGUUGGUCCUCAAGGGUUUGCAUUGUGCAAGUGAUCACGGAGUUUGCGUUGAUCGAAAUGAAGUGAAGGUGUUGGAGAUAUAUGGGUUUAGUGGAUGUGGUAGAGAAGUGAGACAAGUGAAGUGCUUGUUGCGGGAAAUGCAGUUUCUUCAAGUGAUGAAAGUGGAAAUUGAUGCUCAUGAUGAUAACAAGAAACUGAGAGUCAUCAAUCACCUUCUUGAUCUUCCUAAACGUCCAUCUAAAUUUCAUAUCCAGUUCUUGUGA